GGAUUAUCCACUGAAGAAUGUGGUUUUUACUACAUUACUUAUCAUAAAUUAAACAAGAUGGCUAUAAUUAUUGUUUCAGAAACACAAUAAAUGAAGAACCUUUAUUCACCAAAUAAAUAAAUAAUAAUAAUAAUAAAUGAAGUACCUUUAUUGAAUGGAAACACUCUAGAGAAGCAUAGACAAUCUAUGGGAGAAGCAAAGAAAGUGAAAAGCUUUACCAUCUGCGGGGUUUUAAAGUUGUUGGUUAAGGCUAAGGUGUGCGAGCUGGUGGUAAAGUUGGCCUUCAAAUCUUGAUCCCUGAUUCACAAGCUCAUAUUCACAAUCUCAGAUUCUUCUUUUUUCUUCCAUAAGUUCUCCAAACAAAAGCAUCGAAGACCAGUGACAGUUUCAGAUUCUCUCUCGUCUCUCAAAAAUAAUUAUCCAAAUUUAGUUACUACCUGAAGCAGAUCCAGCAGUUCACAGAGCUCGAUUCCAUGGCAAAAAGGCUCAUGCUUUUCUGGGUUUUCUUUUUCCUUUCCAACCCAGUAAAGUGUGAGUCCGAUGAUGAGCUUUUCUUCGACGGAUUCAAUGGAGUUGGCAACAACAUGAGCUUGAAUGGAGUAGCAGAGAUUAAGAGAAAUGGCAUUCUCAUGCUCACAAACAACACGCGUAGAGUACUUGGCCAUGCGUUUUAUUCAUCGCCUAUUCGAUUCAAAAACUCCACGGACGGCAAAGUCUUCUCCUUCUCCACCGCCUUUGCUUUCGCAAUAGUCCCCGAGUAUCCCAAGCUUGGCGGCCAUGGCUUAGCUUUCGCAAUCUCCCCAGCUAAAGAGCUUCGUGGGGCUCUUCCAAGUCAAUACCUCGGACUACUCAAUGCCACAGAUGUUGGGAAUUUCUCCAACCAUGUUUUCGCUGUCGAAUUCGAUACCGUUCAGGAUUUCGAGUUUCACGACAUUAACGAUAACCAUGUCGGGAUCGACAUCAACAGCUUGGAAUCGAACAAAUCUGCUGAGGCUGCUUACUUCAAUGGCAAUGAUUCAACGAAACAAGAACUCAAUCUCAAGAGUGGUAAAGUAAUACAGGCCUGGAUCGAUUACGAUUCGGUAAUCAACAAAUUGACAGUUAAGCUUUCACAAUCUUCUACAAAACCCGGAUCUUCAAUCCUUACCUUCGAUGUCGAUCUCUCAGCGUUUCUUGAAGAUUAUAUGUAUGUUGGGUUUUCUUCUUCGACCGGCGUGCUCGCGAGCUCGCACUAUAUAGCUGGUUGGAGCUUCAAGAUGAAUGGGGAAGCUAAGUCUCUAAAUUUACACACUCUGCCAUCGCUUCCUGGACCCAAAAAGAGUCACAUGGGGAUCGUAAUAGGUGUCUCUGUCGCAACGUCCAUGGUCAUGAUCUCAAUCGCUGGAAUCUCAAUCUACCUAAUUAGGAAGAUGAAGAACGCCGAUGUGAUUGAAGAUUGGGAGCUGGAUAUUGGUCCUCACAGAUUUUCGUACCAGGAGCUUAAAAAAGCAACAAAAGGUUUUAGAGACAAAGAGCUAAUUGGGUUCGGCGGAUUUGGUCGAGUUUACAAAGGAACUUUACCAAAUUCGAACACCCAAAUCGCUGUUAAGCGAAUUUCCCACGAAUCCAAACAGGGUGUUCAAGAAUUCGUAUCGGAAAUAGCCAGUAUUGGUCGUCUCCGCCAUAGAAAUCUGGUUCAGUUACUCGGAUGGUGUAGACGGCGAGAAGAUCUGCUUUUGGUCUACGAUUUCAUGCCCAAUGGAAGCUUGGACAAGUACCUAUUCGACGAACCCAAAUCCAUUCUGAGCUGGGAAGAGAGAUUCAAGAUCAUCAAAGGCGUAGCUUAUGGUCUUCUAUAUCUACACGAAGAAUGGGAACAGACCGUGAUUCACAGAGACAUCAAAGCUGGUAAUGUCCUGCUGGACGCGGAUCUUAAUGGCAGACUCGGCGAUUUCGGUCUCGCUAAGCUAUACGAAAGGGGUUCGAACCCAAGCACGACGAAAGUGGUCGGAACGCUGGGUUACCUGGCACCGGAGCUGACCCGAACCGGAAAACCGACGACCAGUUCCGAUGUGUUCGCUUUCGGUGCGCUUCUGCUGGAAGUUGUGUGCGGAAGAAGGCCCAUCGAGCCCAAAGCACUCCCGGAGGAGCUAAUCUUGGUGGAUUGGGUUUGGGAUCGGUGGAAAAGCGGUUCGCUUUUGGAAGUUGUGGAUCCGAGAAUGCAGGCCGGAUUUGAUGACGUGGAGGUUGGUGUGGUGCUGAAAUUGGGCCUGAUGUGUUCCAAUUCGGUGCCGGAGGCCCGGCCCACGAUGAGGCAGUUGGUGAGGUAUUUGGAGGGGGAGGUGGCGUUGCCGGAGGAGAUUGGGGCUCCAGUGCCAGUGGAGGAGUAUGGGAAGAAGAAGAAGGGCGGUGGUGGUGAUGGUUGUGGGAAUGGGAGUGGCAGUAAUAGUAAUACUGGGGAGUUUGAGGACUAUUUGCAUUCUUAUCCGCCGUCGUCGUACUUAGAUAAAGUGAGUACGUGGUCAUCGGCCGGUGGGGAUAAUGACUACCGAGAUGUCGAUGUUGAUGUUGAAGCUGGUUCGCCGUCGCCGUUGUUUAUUCUCCGGUAGUAGUCAAGAUUAUACCGUUAAACAGUGCUUUUUUCCUUUUUUUUUUUUUUUUUUUUACCUAAUUUUUAUCUUUUUGGGGAUAAUUAUAUGAUAGAAUUUUUGGGUUAGUGUAAAUUGAUUUUAUAUAACACCCAUAAAUGGAUUUGUUUUUUUAAAAAAAAUUUGUAUAGAAAAAAUUUUGAAGA